GGUACAAUAUGUUUGUAACUCCUGCCUCGAUUGGCUACAUUAAUGGGCAACGAAACGGCUAGAAAUGCGGACGAUUACCUUAUGUAUCGCCUAAGCUAAUGCAACGGCCCACUACGGUACCUAGCGCCAUAGCGGCUGAAAGUUAACGCUAGGCGGUAUGCUGACUGAUCCUUGGUAAUUGCUGAAGAAUCGGUCAAUAGACUCAAUACAGCUUCCUUAGUGGUCUCCUUAGUGACUUACACCGGGAAUCUCGGUGCACCUACGGCAGGGGGACGAAUUACAAAUGGUUUCAACGGCCUCCUGUUCUUUCUUCUAGUUAUAUAGUUGUUACCUUUUCAUAGCAAUGGCUUCUCCUAGGUUAAUUACUAGAACAAUUCUAAUUGUAUCGCUCCUUGUCGUAGCCGUGGCUUUCUUAUUCUCAUCAUCAUUAUCUCGCGCCGUAUUACCCCUUUCCAUCUGGAAACCCGUUUCCUCUAUCAUAGCUCAAUAUCAAACAUCAACAAACUCGCCUUCACCACCAAUGACGACUAACAAAACUCCGGUUUACUUUUUCAGCCAUGGCGGUCCGGAUGUGCAAUACAAAACGGACCACCCCGUCUAUCCAAUCCUCCAAAAUAUCGGGAGAGAGAUUACCAAGAAAGUGAAACCCAAAGCUGUCGUCGUCUUUUCUGGCCAUUGGGAGGCUGAGCCUGAUGUCAUCGAGGUCAACACUGCUGAGCACACAGACUUGAUUUAUGACUUCUAUGGAUUCCCGCCCGAGUUCUAUAAGGCACAAUAUCCAAAUAGGGGAAGCCCCGAACUAGCCUCCAAGGUCAUUGAUCUCCUAACAAAAGCUGGUAUCAAGGCAAAAGGAGUAACCAGAGGUCUUGACCAUGGAGUUUGGUCAGGAUUUCAUGUUGCUUUCCACCCUGAAGAAAACCCCCUUAAUGUUCCUUUGGUUCAAGUAAGCUUGUACGCCAACCAAAACGUGGACAUGCAUUAUCAACUAGGGCAAGCCGUUGCCUCUCUACGUGACGAGAACAUCGUCAUCAUUGGCGCAGGAAUGUCUGUGCAUAAUCUUAGGGACUUGUACACAACUCGGGGUGACCCGAGGCCAUUACCUUAUACAGUAUCCUUUGAUGAGGCUUUGAAAGAUGCCGUAGAGUCCCCGCCAAAUGAGCGACGUGCUCUCAUGAAAGAUAUUGCUAAGCGGCCAGACGCUAAACAAGCCCAUCCGCGGUUCGACCACUUAAUGCCGGUAUAUGUAACAGCUGGUGCGGCUGGUGAUGAUGAGGGAAAGAGGACAUGGACAUUGCACGAAGGUAGUAUGGCGUGGGCUCAAUAUAGAUUUGGACAGGUCCCCGCGUGAUAGGAAGGUUAGCAGUAUAGAAACCAUAGAAUGUUACCACUAGGUAAACCCCAAUUCAUAGAUUUAAAGCUUUCGACCCUGUUUAUAUUAUAUAGGAGCCUCGCCAGACGUAGAAUAGCACAGAAAAGAAAAUACUGUCU